AUGGCUUCGGUGGUGAAUGCACAAGAUGAGCGUUGUGUUCAGAGAAACUAUUGGAUUGAACAUUCCUCGGAGUUAUCUGUUGAGUCCAUGAUGCUCGAUUCCAACGCCUCUGAUCUCGACAAGGAAGAGAGACCCGAAGUACUCUCUCUACUACCAGCAUAUGAAGGAAAAUCAGUUUUAGAGCUUGGAGCAGGUAUUGGUAGAUUCACUGGUGAAUUGGCUCAGAAAGCUGGCCAAUUGCUUGCUUUGGACUUCAUUGAGAGUGCAAUAAAGAAGAAUGAAAGCACUAAUGGACACCAUAAGAAUGUUAAGUUCAUAUGUGCUGAUGUCACAUCUCCAAACUUGCAUAUUUCUGAAGGAUCAGUUGAUCUGAUAUUCUCAAAUUGGUUACUUAUGUAUCUUUCUGACAAAGAGGUUGAGGAUUUAGCUGAAAGAAUGAUCAAAUGGCUAAAAGUUGGUGGAUACAUAUUCUUCAGAGAAUCUUGUUUCCACCAAUCUGGAGAUUCGAAGAGAAAAUAUAAUCCAACUCACUACAGGGAACCCAGAAUUUACACUAAGGUAUUUAAAGAGUGCCAUAUGAGUGAUGUUACUGGGAAUUCCUUCGAACUUUCUCUUGUUGGCUGUAAAUGCAUUGGAGCUUAUGUCAGAAAUAAGAAGAAUCAAAACCAGAUUUGCUGGACAUGGCAGAAAGUUAGAUCUCAAAAUGACUGGGGGUUCCAGCGGUUCUUAGAUAGUGUUGAGUAUAAUCAUAAGGAUAUUUUACUAUAUGAGCGUGUUUUUGGCCAAGGCUUUGUGAGCACAGGAGGACUUGAAACAACAAGGGAAUUUGUGGCAAAGUUGGGACUAAAGCCUGGUCAGAAAGUACUGGAUGUUGGUUGUGGUAUUGGGGGAGGUGAUUUUUACAUGGCUGAAAAUUUUGAUGUUGAGGUUGUUGGCAUUGACCUCUCCAUAAAUAUGAUUUCUCUUGCUAUUGAACGUGCUAUUGGACUCAAAUGCACUGUAGAAUUUGAAUGUGCAGAUUGCACUAAAAAAACAUAUCCUGAGAAAUCAUUUGAUGUAAUCUACACUCGUGACACCUUGUUACACAUCAAAGAUAAACCAGCACUGUUCAGAUCAUUUUACAAGUGGUUGAAGAUUGGAGGAACACUUUUAAUUACUGAUUACUGCAAAAGUGCUACAAGUGAAUCAUUAGAAUAUGCUGAGUACAUAAAAAAAGGACGAUAUUAUAUCCAUGACAUGAAAGCUUAUUGUCAGAUGCUGAACAAUGCUGGAUUUGAUGAUGUCAUUGCUGAGGAUAGGACUAAUUUGUUCAUAAAAACUCUACAAAAGGAGCUGAAUUCCCUUGAGAACAAUAAGGGCGAUUUCAUUGAUGACUUUUCAGAGGAAGACUACAAUGAAAUUAUUGAAAGGUGGAAGGCCAAGCAGAUGAGAGGUGCAGCUGGUGAGCAGAUAUGGGGCUUGUUCAUUGCCAAGAAAAAAUGA